AUGGCUAUGGCAGAGAAGAAGAACGAAUACCCGCCGAGCGUGGAGGCCGACCGUCGCCUGCUGAAAUUCGACACUUGGGAGGAGUACCUGGAUUCGCUGAUUGAGAUCGCAGACCUUCGAAACCUUAGGAGUAUCGAGUCUGCCCGCACUAUCGCUGCACUUGGGUACAGAGCUAACGGCGAUACUUUACAGGAAAAAGAAUUUUAUGCCAGACGUAAAGUAAUUCACAAUAUAGUUUACCCGGUUACAAAGCCGUACGUCUUAGUAAGCGAAGGUACCGACUUAGACGAUCCCUUUAAAAGAGAAUUGGCUAUAAGGGAGCGUGCGAACAGAAUUGGUAUUUUGCAGUCUAUCAUCUUCAUUCGUCAUUUCACGAAGAGCGGCUUCGAGAUAUCCGGAUACAUCGACUACGCACAUAGACUACUCACCGAAGACUGGGUGCCGUUUUUUAAGACGAGAAAGAUGCUGUGGCCGAGGGACAGUGACCUGGGAUAUUUUCAUUGGCGGCACGGCACCGUUCGAAGCAACAUCAGCCGAAAUUACAAGCCAAUAAUGGAUCCAGAACAAGGGCUGCUGUUUCAAAAUCGCCACGAUCACAAAAUAAUUUGCCCAAAUCCGGAACAAGAACCUGGACAAAACACAUCCAAGAAGCGAGUUUACUCUCCUAUGUAUACCCAAAUCGAAAUCUACGAUCACGUAGUUAGGAAAAAGAGC